ACCUCUCUGAGCAGUCACAUUUUUUUUUCCUCUUCCCUUCAAACAGGCAGGGAAUUCUGAGGCUCCCAAGAGACCAGCUCUGCCCCCUCCACUCAGCUGCCCCUACAAUGCGGAUUCUGCCUCUUCUCCAGGUCAGGACUGGAGUUUUAAAAUAAAAUGGAUGAUUUGACGUUACUUGAUCUUCUAGAGUGCCCUGUGUGCUUUGAAAAACUCGAUGUCACAGCCAAAGUCCUCCCUUGCCAGCACACCUUCUGCAAGCCAUGUCUACAGAGGAUUUUCAAGGCCCACAAGGAGCUGAGGUGCCCGGAAUGCAGGACCCUGGUGUUCUGCAGCAUCGAGGCGCUGCCGGCCAACCUGCUGCUGGUGCGUCUGCUGGAUGGUGUGCGCUCUGGCCAGAGCUCCUGUAGAGCGGGCUCCUUUCGCAGGCCUGGUAUACUGACCACACAGGACAGCAGGAAAAGCAGGACCAAUCCCAGAAGUCUGCAGGCCAGCCCCUUCCGACUGGUGCCCAGUAUCAGGAUCCACAUGGAUGGGGUGCCUCGAGCCAAGGCCUUAUGCAACUACAGAGGGAAGAAUCCUGGUGACCUGAAGUUCAAUAAAGGAGAUGUCAUCCUCCUCCGGAGACAGCUUGAUGAGAACUGGUACCAAGGGGAGAUCAAUGGAGUCAGUGGAAUCUUCCCAGCUAGCUCCGUGGAAAUCAUCAAACAGCUGCCCCAGCCACCCCCACUCUGCAGGGCUCUCUACAACUUUGACCUACGAGACAGAAACAAGAGUGAGAACCAGGAGUGCCUGACCUUCCUCAAGGAUGACAUCAUCACAGUGAUCAGUCGAGUGGAUGAGAACUGGGCAGAAGGCAAGUUAGGAGAUAAAGUGGGCAUCUUCCCCAUCUUGUUUGUAGAGCCAAACCUCACUGCAAGACACCUCCUAGAGAAGAACAAGGGGCAUCAGUCACCACGCACAAGAAACCUGUCCCUGGUAUCCUCGUCCUCCAGAAGCAAAGCAAGCAACACACCCACCCUCCGAAGGGGCUCCGGGUCUAGGAGGAAGGGGCCUGGGCAGUUCUCCAUCACAACAGCUUUGAACACUUUCAACCGAAUGGUCCAUUCUCCUAUGGGGCAUCAGAUGGUAGAAAUCAGCACUCCAGUGCUCAUCAGUUCCAGCAACCCUUCUGUGUCCUCCCAGCACAUGGAGAAGGCAGACUUCCCUGCCAGCUCUGCAGGACAGGUCAGCACAUCUCACCCUGCACCUGCCUCCCCAGGACAUUCCAUGGCCAUGGUCAGUCUGCCCAGCUCCCAGCAACACCUCUCAGCUAACAUGUUUGUAGCUCUGCACUCCUACUCAGCCCAUGGACCCGAUGAGCUAGACUUGCAGAAGGGAGAAGGCAUCAGGGUACUCGGGAAGUACCAGGACGGCUGGCUGAGGGGCCUUUCCUUGGUCACUGGACGAGUCGGCAUCUUCCCAAGCAACUAUGUCAUCCCAGUUUUCAGUUCAACAACCAGAAAGACCUCUAGUUUUCCAGAUUCCCGGAGCCCUGGUGUCCACGCCACAUGGACAUUAUCCACCUCUUCUGUGUCCUCCCAAGGCAGCUUUUCAGAAAGUGAUCCCCGGCAGAGCCGACCCUUCAAAUCUGUCUUUGUGCCCACUGCCAUAGUUAACCCUGUGAAGAGCACAGCUGGCACAGGAACUUCAGGACAAGGGUCUCUUCGGAAAGGGCGGAGCAGCAUGAGAAAGAAUGGAUCCCUGCAGAGACCAGUCCAGUCAGGGAUCCCCACCCUCAUGGUGGGCUCCCUCAGACGCAGCCCCACCAUGGUGGUCCGACCUCAGCAGUUCCAGUUCUACCAGCCACAAGGGAUUGCCCCCUCUCCAUCACCGGUGAUGGUGGAGAUGGGGCCCAAGCCUGUUCCCACUGGGGAGCCUGCCCUCACCUGCAUCAGCAGAGGCAGUGAGACCAGGAUCCACUCGGCAGCGAAUUCCCUCAUCAUGGAAGGCAAAGAAAUCCCCAUCAAGAGUGAGCCACCACCCAAACCACCUGCAUCUGCCCCACCCUCUAUCCUAGUGAAACCAGAAAACUCAAGAAAUGGCACCGAAAAGCAAGUCAAAACCGUGAGGUUUCAGAAUCACAGCCCUCCUCCCGCCAAACAUUACACCGCCCAUCCCACCUCCGGAAAGCACGAACAGCCAGCCACCCCGAAGGGGUCUCAGCCUGAAGCAACUCCCUCCGGCCCAGAGAUGACCACCCUAUUUGCCCACCGAAGCGGCUGCCACUCCGGACAGCAGACAGACCUGCGGAGAAAGUCAGCUUUUAGCAAGACCAUGCCCCCAGUGUCCACGGCUUCAGCCGCACAGACCAUAUUUCCAAGCAAAUGAAUCUACAGGUGGCUUUUCUUAGACACAAAAGACGUGAAUUGCAUUUAAAUACAGUCUGCCUCCA